UCCAGAGACCAGUUGGGGGUGAGCGCAGGUGGUGGUGGUGGUGGUGGUCUCCGGAGCAACCCCCCACCCCCCCUCCCCCUCUCCUACCUGCCCCCUGCCCAGCUGCCCAUCGAGCCCACAGCGGGGGAGCAAGGCGCCCUACCCUACGUCCCUCCGGAGCAAGUGGCGGCCCCCAACCCACCCAGCACCGAGUUCAUCCCCUCCUUCCCCCAGAUUGGUUCCCCCUCAGCGGGUUCGGGCACUGGUGGCCUCCCCGUGGUCCCAGGUGUGGUGCCCAUGUUUGACUCGGAAGACGACGAGGACGAGGAAGAAGAGCCGAGUUUCUUCUCCAAGGUGGGGGAGUCCAAAUUGGCACUCCUCGGGGGCGUGAUGGGAGCCAAGUCUGCCGUGUGGGAUGGACUGAAGAACGCGAAGGAGUCUUUGGUGUCAGGGGUCAGGAGCGCCGUGACAGCCAAAACAGAAGCAUUUCAAACCUUAACCAAGCGACUGAAACCUUCUGAAAAACCACAGGAGGGGGGUUCAGGGGGAGGGGGGCCAGUAGGGGGGGGCGUGGUGCCUUACCCCAUCUACCCCCCUUACCCCCAGCCCGGCUACCCCCAAGUCUCCUACACCCAGCCCGGCUACCCCCAACCCUCCUACCCGCAGCCCGGCUACCCCCAACCCUCCUACCCACGGCCAACCUACCAGACCAAACCCGCGCCCUUCCAGCCCAAACCCUCCUUUUACCAGCCCAAUCCCGCGUACCCUGUGUAUGUGUACCCCGCGGGAUCUGCAUUCUCCUACGCCCCCAAGCCGAACCCCCUGGCAGCCCUCAAGUCCAAGCUGGAAGGGUUUGUGGCUGCCAAGAAGGCUACUUUGGCAGGGGCGUUGGCAAAGGUCGAGGAUGCCAAAGCUGAUUUCCAGGCCAAGCUUAAGAGUCUGCUGGUGAAGCCCUCCCCUGCCGCCCUCCCCUACCAGCCCCCUACCGCCUCAGAGCAGCCCUUCCACCCCUUCCGCCCCUACCUCAAUGUGCCUUUCACCCCAGCCAAGCCUCCCGUCUACCCUGCCAAGCUGCGUCCCAUCCCCAAGCCUUACCCUGUCAAGGCCUACCCUGCCCCUGUCCGCGCAGCUGUUAACCCCUACCCAACCCCCAACCCAGCCUCCACCCCUGCUCCAACCCCUGCCCCAACCCCUGCUACUACUGCUCCUCCUACCCCUGUUUCUACCACUACCCAAGCCCCCCUGCCGCCCCAAACCCUUCAGCCUCCCUGCCCCCCUUCACUAGACACCCGCCUUGUUCCCCACCACCCCCGCCCCCUCUACGCUAUCGUUCCCGUCCCCGCGAAGCCCUCUACCACCGGAGGGCUGAAGGGGCUCACAGCGAAGUUCGAAGCCAAGAAGAAGGAAGUGGUCGGGGCCAUAGCCGGAGCGUUCGCGCAGCUGAAGGCACCAUUCCAGCACAUCCGCCCAGCCUACACCUAUUCCUACGCCCCACGCCCAUGGUAAAGGGUCCUGGGGGCGCGGGGGGCGUGGAAAAGAGGUGAAAAGCGGGAGUAGCGAGAAGCGGGCACCCACCAGCUGUUUCCUCCUUGCCCGCCGCCGCCGCCUCAGCCAAUCAACUGUUGCCCUUCUCGUGACGUCACAGCAUAGCACGAGAGAGUAAAUAAUCGUAAUAAAUAGUUUAAUCUUAGCCUUUCUAGAGUGGUUUGGAUGCCUAGGGGUUUAAAGAGAAUGGGAAAGAGAUAAAGGAACAUAUUUUUAAACAUUCCGGCGCCCGAUCACACAUAAUUGACAAGGCUUUCGUAUAGGAGUUUGGGGCAUUUUCAUUGGGUAGUUUUAUGACUCCGGUGGUAGUUUGAGCCUUCGUCUGUGCUACAAAAAAAGACAUUCAUUAGAACCCGGAUGAUCUCCUUUUUGGACCUUUUUGGACUUUUUGCACCGUUCCCGGAUUAUCGUACUCAGAGCAUAGUAUUUCCCUGUUUCUGACGCCUGACUAUUGCCAAGAAACAUCAGGAUCUAACUCUUUUAACGAUAACUAUAAAUGAGUUUCGUUAUAGGAGCCCAGAAGACAGUUUUGGGGCAGGAAGUCGGGAAAUAUAAGCGGCUGAGUACGACAAUCUGGCAACGUUGGAUUCCUGUCUUUUUAGCAAUACCGACAGUCACAUGUUUAGACCAAUUAACAUCAUUAUCGUUAUAUCAUCACCACCUUCAGCCAUUACUACAUAGUCCACUGCAUAACAUUAAAGGACUUUCCCAACGUCCUCCACCUCGAUCUCUCUAUCUGACUUUGUACUCCAUCCUGCAACUCGUGCCAAAAGAUCAUCAAUGUUACUCUAAGAUUAAUACAGUAAAUGAAUUAAAUAAACGCUCGUGUGCAGGGAUCCAAGGUGAUGAGCCAAUGUCGUCUCAAUAGAUCUCUCAGUAUCGCGACGGUAAUGGCUGAGCUACCCCCAAAAGUCGCCCUUCACUGCAAUAAGCUUCCCCCCGCCUCUCUGCCCCCUACCCGUGGUGUCACAGAGGGAGCGUAAUGAGUAUAACAAAUAGUCUAAUCUUAGGGUCUCUAGCGUAGUUCUGUAGCGUGUAGUGGCCAUUAUUCGAAGGCAUUUAUAACGUGUAUUGAGGAAAGCGUUCCCGGCCGCAUGUUCCCGAAGUCUUUGCGGGUUUGUGGUCCCUGAGUGAAGACGCACGGGGCGUUCUGGACAUUACUCUCAUUGUGAUUCCCACUCAAAAUUACUACUUAACUCUCUGACCAAACCAUACCUAG